AUGGAUAUUAUAACAAUCUUCAAAAUCUACAGUACGAUCACUGGUGUUUUCGGAAUUUUUCUAAAUUCAAUAUUAUUGUAUUUGGCAUUUUUCAAAUCACCAUCAACUUUGAAAUCUUAUUCAAUUCUAAUUAUCAAUUUUGCUAUAACUGAUUUGCUCGCAUCAGUUUUUACACUUAUUGUUAUGGCAAGAUUAGUUCCAAUGAGUACCGCAAUUGCACAAAUCUCAUAUGGGUUUUGUAUAUUUUUUGGUCCAACUUAUUGUUAUGUUGGGUGAGUGUCCCAUGUCCUACAUAUUGCAAUCUUCAAGCUCAUACAUUCCAGAUUCAGUAUCAUGCUUCACUUAUUCGUUUUCUCACAAUAUUGCCUUCUAUUAUCAUUCAGUUAUCGUUACUAUAUUCUUGAAAAUGCUUCACCAAAAGUUAGAACUGUUGUUUAUCUUAUUGCGCUUUUCUAUAUUCCUGCAUUGAUUCAUGCGGCGUGUUUCAUGAAUGGUGAAUCAGAUGCGAGAGAAGUUAUGAUAAUAUAUCAGAAGCUUUACCCUAACGAUACAAUUGUUCUAAACCAAGUCACUGGCAAUUUAAACACCCGAACUCCUACUGCAACUUUCACUGUUAUGCAUAUGAUUCUUUCUCCAAUUCCCAUUACAAUUUCAAUCCUUGUUAUUCGUCGGAAAAUUAUCAAACAAUUAGAGAAAACAGUGAAACAUUUGAGGAAACAAACACAAGCAUUACAUAAACAACUUCUAACGGCUCUAACAAUUCAAGCCUGUCUUCCCGCAUUUUUCGCUCUAGGAGUUGUCAUGUUUGCUCUCGAAGGCGCUGGAAUCGUAAUGCAUCCUGGUAUUGAAUGUAUUAUAAGUGCUUCUGAAUGUAUAAUUCCAGUUUUGUCUCCCGUUCUAUAUCUCUAUUUUGUAUCACCAUAUCGACGUGCUCUUUUACAAAUAACAGGAAUUGCUCCAACUGUUUCAACUUCAGACGCCAGUAUGACUGAACAUUCCACAGUUGUUCAAAAAGAGAAAGGAAUUACGUCUAUUCAUAAUUGA